AUGUGUCAUCCUCUCCUCUUUCUGCCCAUCAACAUGCCUCUUUCUCAUUGGCUCUCCCUUCUCCUCAUAUUACCCCUCAACUCCACCCUCACUAACCACCUUCAUCUCUUUCUCUCUGGUCUCUCUCAGUCUCUCUCAAUGAUGCAAACCCUCAACUCUUCAAAAACAGCAGAGAUUCUCGCUAGGUAUCGUCCCAUAGCUCCUAAACCACCUGAUCAUCAACUCACAGACAAGGACUCAAAUCCUCCAGCCAUGCCUGAGAAGAUCAGAGAGUCUGCUUAUAUGAGGAGUGUGUGGCCUCGCCUUCAAGCCCGGCCUAAUCAUCGAGCUCGAAAGCGAGGCCGGGCUUUACUUGCUCCAAUUCUGCCAUCAUUGAAAAGAUCAAAGGGGGGUUUUGCUUUCUCUCCUUAUCUUUCUCCAAAAAGUUUGUUAUCUUUUCUUGCAUCUCCCAAUGUUUUUCCUCCAAAUUACACCACUGCUGUUAGUACUGUACAAGCAGGUGCUCAAGAUCUUGACUUGAACAUGCAUGUCCCAGUAGAGAAGGAUCUUCUGCAGCAAUUACAAGCUAAAGAAGUGCAGGUUCAAGUUCAGGUUCAAGUCCCGGGGGUUGUUACACCAAGGCCUCUCAGGCUGGUGUCUUCAGUCAUCAGGGUGCAGCCAGGGAGCGUCUCGAACCAGGAGGUUGCGGCGCAAGGUCCUGCGGAAGCCGCGGAGAUAGAGAAGAAGAUGGAGUCUGAGGCCUUGCCUACUGUGAUAUCAGAUUCUAGAAACCAAGUCAGGUUGGCUAAUUCUGCUUACAACAGGCUUGUUGGCCAGCCAAACUGUGGCUGGCUCGAUCCGGUUGCUCGGAGCAAGGCUGCAGCAUGCAAUAGGAUUUGCGGGGAGGUGAGGCUGCAGCUUCCGGAUUCUGCAGGUGAGGAGUUUGCAUCAACAUCAAAUGGCUUUUUCUGCUUGGUGGUGAUAGAGUGGGGAAACAAUGAGUAUAAAAGCUCCAUCACCACUUUCGGAGAAGCUGUGAGGUUGUUCUGUGAAUCGAGGGAUUACAUGUUUGCAUGGAGGUUCCAUACACAAGGGGCCGUUCCUUCUGCUCCUAAUUUUUGA